CAGGCCGGCCUCUCGACAUCAAUUCUCGCCUAUCUCAUCUCCGCCCCCAGCCAGUAGCAUCAAGCUACAUCCCGGAGCCCGGAUGCACCGCCAUGCCGACUGUACCAGCACCGUGAUAAUUUAUUCACCUACCUGCCUGACUCUAUCAAGAGUUGACCGAGGACAUCGAUAGAAGCAAGUGGUGUGGACUGGAGCCCAUAUCCAGGGCAGACUACCUCAGCACAUACCCCUUGUUUAUUGUUCUAAUAAUUAUUAUUAUCAUCACUAUUAGCCGUGUUAGCAUCGAUGUGGUUCCACUUGUAUGCUAGUUAGCUGUUAGCUAACGUUAGCUCAUCCAGUGACAGUCCGGCCGGAGGCGGGGAGAACUGCGAGGUGCAAGAUAGUUUCCAUGUCUGCGUCGGCUCUGGAAAUCCACGGCAAUGUCUGUUGACGAAGACACUGUAAAAACUGGUAGCCCACAGGUUACUUCAGCUUCAUCCCUGCAGCUGUCAGAAUGUUCUGGAAGUUGCAGCGAUGUUUCAGUACUCAUGGAAGCUGCCAGCGCGGCCACCCCGGACUUGGCUGCUGCUUGUCCUGUCCCUGGCACUGCUGCUUCGCCAAAACACUCCAGCACUGUUGACGCUCUUAACCACUCAAACAGUGCUGGAUUGAAAUCCAAAGGGAACGAGGCCGGCAUCAAUCGCAGGAACAGCUUCCAUCACGCCAAACAGCAUCAGCAGAUGAGAAUAACUAAGCGGCGCAACACGUCAAACUUUAGCUUCAAGCAUCCAACUUCUGGCAAGAGGAGACGACGGGCUAACUCGGAAAGUGACUCUGUCCUGCCCACUAACUUCCUCUUAGGUGGGAACAUCUUUGACCCACUCAAUCUCAACAGCCUACAGGAUGAGGAGGUGAACAGGGCGCUGAAUGCAGAGACUCCAAAAUCCUCCCCACUGCCCUUAAAGAGUCGGGACCCCGUGGAGAUCCUCAUCCCCAGGGACAUCACAGAUCCUCUGAAUCUGAACAGCAGCAUUGGAGAUAGCAGCUUUUUGGUGUCCCCCUUAAAGAGUGGUGGAAGGAGGAGGCAUCGCAACAGACAUCAUGGAGGUAACGUUUCAGCCACACAGCUGAGCUUGUCCGAAUCGGGGAAAAAUGAGGUUAAACCUGGGGAAUCGGUGUCAUUUCCUGGUGCGUUAACUUCACGUUCUAAUACAGAAGUCUCGAAAGCAUCAGAUAGUGUCUCUUGCGGUGAGGGGGAUUCACGUGAACACACUGCAGACCACUCAGCCAUUUUCAAGGAGGAGGUGACGUCCGUGUCUGUCGAUGAAUCCACUUCCUCCUUGUCGGGAGGAGCUAACCAGCACGCAGGCAGGCGCAAGCGGAGGCGCAACUCUGGCAAAAUGGACCCUCCUGUGACUCAAUCCACCCCUGUAGCAAAGUCCACGUUUGGUGAGCAAAAUAAUAAACCUGGGAGACAAAAAAACUCCUUCCACACACCCAGAAGCGGCUGCAAAUCUGCACCAGGAGGUCGUCAGCACCAGCAGCCACACAACCAGGCGAGGGACCAACAGAAGAAGAAGUUCCAGUAUGGAAACUACAACAAAUACUACGGCUACCGCAACCCAAGUGCAAGCGAAGACCCGCGGAUUCAUGUCUUCCGUCCAGAGUGGUUUGAGGGUAAACACGUGCUGGAUUUAGGCUGCAACUCGGGUCAUCUUACCCUCUAUAUCGCCAAAAUGCUGCGGCCCGCCCGCAUAUUGGGCUUGGACAUUGAUAACGGGCUGGUGCACGCCGCCCGCAAGAACAUCAGGCAUUAUCUCUCUGAGCUGCAGACCCAAGAGGCCAGGCGAGCCACGCAGGACAAGAACGACACCAAGCAGGAGGACGGCAUCCCAAGCGAGAGUGAAAAGAAGCACACUGAAAGAAAGGAAAAUGGGAAUGCACUGAAAGAGGGCACAAAUGACUCUUGUGGCACGGAUCAGGCCAAGGCUCACAGGCGAGACGGCAAAGCAGAGGAAAUGGAGCAGGAAAGUUGUGAUAAAUCUGGGAGCUGCUCUUUCCCUUUGUCGCUGCAGAUCUCCCGGGGACCCAUUGCUGCACCUCCUCUUACUGAAACCUCCAGCGCACACCCUGGAGAGUUCCCCUCCAACGUGUCCUUCAUAAAGGCCAAUUACGUGCUGCAGAACGACAAUCUCCUUGUAACUCAGCGGCCUGAGUACGACGUGAUCCUGUGUCUGAGUGUCACCAAAUGGGUCCACCUAAACUGGGGGGACAGUGGCCUGAAGAGGCUCUUCAAGAGAGUCUACAGACAUCUCCAUCCUGGAGGCAUCUUCAUCCUGGAGCCACAGCCUUGGCAGUCCUACGUCAAGAGGAAGAAGCUGACUGAUACAAUUAGCAGAAAUUUUCACAGCAUCCGCCUCAAGCCAGAUCAGUUUUCAUCCUAUCUCACCAAUGAAGUGGGCUUCACCAGUUGUGAGUUCCUGGGAACACCCAAGAGUUCUACAAGAGGUUUUCAGAGGCCAAUCUAUUUGUUUCACAAAUGACCGCUUCUGCCUUGUGAGGACACUGAACGUGAGUUACCGCGCAGCCAGCUGUUGGACUCGUACAUCAGCUGCUCAGACUCUCGACCAGGGACAUUUGUUAAGGAGACCAAAAGCGAGGUUUUUUUUUUGUUGUUGUUUUUUUUCCACUGUUUAGAGACUCUUCCAGUGUACGUCACAAAGACAACAGAGGCGCUCGGCUGAUUAAUUCCUCAGACUCCUUAUUUGGAAAGUGUCAUGCAUGGCAGUGUCGUGCGUUUGGAGACCUUUUGGCUAUAUAUUCUUUAACUGUAUAUUCAUAUUGUGCUGUGUGCCACCACAAAGCCACAGACAUCAGGGCUGGGUGCUCGUUGUGCUCGUUACCAUUUCAGAAGCAGGUUUUACCCACUUCCUUGAGUUCAGUGUGGCGCAACUUGUGCGAUAGACUCAUUCCGCAGCCAUUAAAGAGAUCACAGUGGCCUGACACGGCCCACUCUUAAUUGAUCUCAUCCUAAGAUGCCGCUCUUAAAUUGAUCUCAUAGUUCUGUUGCAGCAAAAUAGGACGUAUUUAAGGCUGAAGCACCCAUCAUUUAAAACAUGGCCGAAUGAGAUAUGAAAACACUGAUCCAUUGUGAACAUUGCACUCUGCAUCAGACAAAACAUAAUGAAUUGGUAAUUGGUUUUCUUUAAUAGAAUCAAAUAUUUGCAUAACAGGGCUUCUUGACAAUAUGACAAUAUUAUAUAUUAUAUUAUUAUAAUUAUUAUAUAUUAUGACAAUAAAACUCUUGAAUCUUGAAUCUUCUUCACGUCAUAUUUUACAGUCAAGGGUUCAUCCAGUCAUAUUGUGGGUUCAUUGGGAUGUUUUGAUGCUCCCGUCCUGAUGGUAGGGGGCACAUUUGAGCCAUGGUGACAUGAUGCUGAGGUGCAUUUCCAGCAUGCUGCCUUCAGUUGUUAACAUGUCAGUGAAGCCAUAGCUCUACCUUUAAUACUUUGUUGUUGACGUUGUCCCUGUUGAGCUUAUGAAUGUAGAACUGAAGCAGCAAAGGACCCAUGGCAGGAGUUUCAACAGCAUCUUAAACGGUUUCAAUUCAAAACAGACACAAAGCUCCAUACUAUGCCUUUUUUUUAUUUAAAGAAACACAUUUGUAUAGUAUUCUGCUGUUGAGGGUGCCACAAAAUGUUUUAUGUGUCUUUUGCACAUGAAUUUAUGCGAGCUGUUAAGUCCACACCGUUGUCAUUGAUGAUUGUACCUCCAUUGGUGUGCAUGAGCACUGCUUACCACCUUAUUUCAUUUUCAUUCACAGGCACAUUUGGGAAGAGACAGACGAUGUGUAUUUUUGUGUUUUAGUUAAGUGAUUGAUGUAUAUAUGUUUGGAAUGUUGUUUUACUCUCAUUGUUGAGUUCUUUACUGCUAACGUCAUUUUCUAGUCGAUAUGUGUUUGCUUUUGCUGCCAAUUUGUGAGUGAAAGCAGUUUGUUGUUUUGUUUUUUUGGGUCCUCAAACCGGCUCGCUAAUCCAUCUGAUGAAUAUGUAAAUUGCAACUGUGUUUGCUUGCCCCCGCUCCCUCCCCCCAGAAGGCACAUCGAUGGAUUAUUUUGUCAGCAGAUUUUUUAUAAAGCGUUUGCAAGGAGCUUCAAUGUCAAAGUACUCUUGUUUUUGUCUUCAUUCAACAUGCUUUGGACAUUUUUUAUUCUUCACAUACACUUCCAUCAAAUUCUUUGAGUGUUGUGGAACACUAAGAUCAGGAAAACAACAUUCAGGUUACGUUUGAAAUGGAAUUGGCACCAAAUCACUGACACCAUGGCACCAAAAACUAAGACAAUCGCUCUCUCAGGCUUAGAUCAGCCCUUGGCGGUUUUUUUGCAGUAGUGUCAAUUCCUUCUUUUCGUUCGAGCACAUAAUGAGUAUAACAUUUGCAAAUACUCCUACAUGCUGUAAUGUUUUGCCGAUUGCACCUGACUGUCUCAGCAGUGAUGUCUUGUCACUUCCAGCUAUUCAUGCUAAAGUGUUCCUUUGCUGCACGUUAAAUAUAUAGCAUUGUAUGAACAUCUACUCUGCUCAAUGAUGUACAGUCAAGUGCUAAUGAAAGGAAUUUGGCAUUUGAAAUUAGCGUUUAAUACAUUUUAAUGCUGGUGGGAUAUUCAGAUGCAGCAUUAAACUGAAAUUACUGUGCAAAUUUUGAUCCAUACCGGCCUUUGCUAAAAGAUAGAUUUCCCACACAAAUGUUUCUCAAUCAAUGUAUGAUUUUUAACAGCACCAUAUUUCAUGUCUUCAUGUUGAAUUUGCACUGAUGACUUGAGGGAAUUAAGUACAUUCUGGCAGGAAAGAUUCAUGUUUUUUGUAAAUCUUUACAUGUUUUUUCUUAUUUUGGGGGAAAAUUGGAAUCACAUCUCCCUGCCUGUCAGGGAAGUGUUUAAUUCCCAUGCCUCUGAGCGACAAAGCAUCCAAAUGUUUCUCUGUGUAAAACAUUUGAAUUCAUUAAAAGUGGUUCCAGACAUG